CGCGAGCGCGCCGCGAGCGCACCGCGCGCGCGUCGCGCGUCGAUCGGCGCGUCGCGCGGCGAACGCGGCGAACGGACGCGCGGCGAACGGACGCGCGCGGCGAACGCGGACGCGAUCUCGCGAGGGCGGCGACCUCGACCGCGAUGACGCCGGAGGCGCAGCGCGCGGCGCGAGAGCGCGCGAAACGCGCGCUGGAGAUGGGACGGAUGUCGCCGACGUCCGGGACGGGCGGACUGGCGCGGAACGGGUCGUUCGAGCGGUCGGACGCGUGCUUCGAUUGGUCGCGGGGAUCGUGCGCGCGCGCCGACUGUCGGUUUUCGCACGAGGGCGAAGCGGGAGGGAAUCCCGCGGCGGGGGGGGUGAUGGGACGCGGCGUGGGGUCGCCGCACAGAGCGGCGGCGGGCGUGUGCUUCGAUCACGCGAAAGGGACGUGUAAGCGGGGGGAUCAGUGUCGGUUUUCUCACGACGUCGCCGCGGUGGCGGCGUUCGCGAAAAUCGCCUCGGCGAGCGGGUCGCCGACGGGAUCGCCGACGAACGGUAGAGUAGGUGGGGUGAGCAUUCCGAAGCCGCUGCCGAUAGCGGGAGGGCUGAACGCGGUGGCGAGACCGGUGACGAUGGCGAAGGAGCCGACGCCGGCGCCGAUCGCGCAGCGAAGCGGGGCGAUAGACUACGCGUCCGCCGCCAAAGCUGGAGUGACCGUCGCGACUGAAGGCUCGUUCGCGGCGGCGUUGGUCGGAAGAAAGGCGAGCUUGGAUCCACCGUUACCCACGGCACCGAUGCCCGCGGUGGCGGCUUUGGAGAAGUCGCCGACGCUCACGACGAGCGGGGCGUCGGUGCCGACGCCACGCUUCCCGACACCGAACGGUGCGUCCGCGGCGCCCGUAGCGGGCGCUAACGGCGCAAAGCCGGCGGUGAUGGGUGGACCUACGUUUCAGUUCGGUACUGGUUCGAUGUUAGCUAGCGAUCAAGCCGCGGACGAUUCGCCGAAUGCGAUAAGCUUUGGGAACGCGUCGUCGCCGAAGACGUACCCAAAGUACCCGAAGCCUGAGUUUGCGUUCGGUGCGGGAGCGGAAGCGCCGAGCCGUAUGCCGAAUGUCGGUGAAGGCUUCGUUCCUCCCGUACCCGCGGGCCCACCGCCGGAGGCGAAUCAACGCGCUCAACCUGUGGCGCCGGGUUUCGGAUUUUCUCAACCCGGCGGUUUCGGCGUCGCGACGCCCGAGAAAUCGGCGCCGCACGCGAACGCUUGGGAUAGAAACGCGCGGCCGAACGGGGGCGUGGCUGCAGCGGAUGGAAGCUCGCAGCUUGGAGCGGCGUGGGGCGUGAGCGGCAUGGGCAUGGAAGGUCUCGCCGAGGACGUCUAUAGCAACGUUGGAGCGUACGACGCUCUCGGCGGUCGGUCUCCGUUUGGUGUCGGCCUGGGCUACUCGCUUUUCUCUCCCGCCGCCGCUCCGCAGCCCGAAAGUGUUGGGCAACAGGCGCAAGGCCAGCCGCAAAGCAUGUGGGGUGGCGCGACAGGCUUCGGCGGUUCGUUUGGCUUCUAAGCGUUCGCGUCGAGCUUUCGAGCGAACCCCGCGGGAUUCGACCUAGCGAUCGUGAGACUCGU